UAUUUUACUUACUAAUUAACCCGCACCUCACCAUAAUUAGUCGUUCUCUAUGUAAAAGAAACAGCGACUACCACGACCACCGCACCAUUGUCUCCGCAUCGAAACGCCGUCGUUUGGAACGCGGUGCGAAGAUCCAUUGCGGCGUUCGUUCCAAUUCCACGUUCUUCUUCGGUUACAACAAUAUUCAUAUUUCACCCUUUCACGCAUUUUCGUUACCUCAAUUUCCUCGAAUUGUAUCGAAGCCGCGUCGCGAUUCAUCGGAACAUUCUUCCCGCUGCAGCUUCAGUUUUCCGAGCCCUAAAUUAUCUCACUACAAAACGUCGAUUACGUUGCUGCACCAUUUCCACGAUUGAUGCAAGGUUUUUCUUCUGCUCAACUUCGUUAUCAUCGGAAUUUGUAGAAAACACCCUCCCAACAAGGGUUGCGAUUUCGAUUUUUGGUAGGAUUAGGGUUCGGAGAAGGUUUUAGGGAUUUGUAGGGUUUAAGCAUGGUUAUAACUGGUGAUCUAAUCGAAAUCAGGGUGGUUUUGUUUCGGCUGAAACGAGACGAGGUUUGGUCUCGGUUGUGUUGAUGAUGGUAGAUUCAAUAUGGUGAAGUUUUUAGGAUUGGCUCGUGGGGUGGGUGAAGAACCCAGAGAAAUCGUUUCAAGGUCGAAUUUGACGAGUGAGUCCAGUGAAAAUGGGUGGCUCAUUAGGUUCUUUGACUCUUCGUUCUUCUGUGAGUGGAUUGCUGUUAGCUACUUGUACAAGCAUGAUCAUGCAGGGGUGCGUGAUUAUCUCUGUAAUAGAAUGUAUACACUUCCCUUACAGGGAAUUGAGGGUUAUUUGUUUCAAGUGUGUUACAUGAUGAUACACAAACCCAGUCCCUCUUUGGAUAAGUUUGUUAUAGAUGUGUGCUCCAAGUCACUUAAGAUUGCUUUGAAGGUGCAUUGGUUCUUGUUGGCUGAACUUGAGGACUCUGAUGACAAUGAUGGGAUUAGUAGGAUUCAGGAGAAGUGUCAGAUUGCAGCCACAUUGAUGGGUGAGUGGCCACCCUUGAUACGGCCUCAAAGUGCGCCUUCAAGCCCCGGAGGCAAGAACCAAGUUUUGAAUAAGAUACUGUCAUCAAAACACCGGUUGUUGUCGCUAACAUCUUCGCCAGCUACACAGAGAUCUUUGUCAUUCUCGCCUUCUUCGGGAAACAAUUUGCAAGAGGAUGGUAGUCCUCAGUCUCCUGAGGAGAACAAGUUGUUUAGGAAAUUUAUGCCGGGUUCGAAGGUUAGAGAUGCUUUGCUUUUUAGGAAGUCAAUUGAGAAGGAUGACGACGACUCUGAAAAGAAUGGUUUUUUCAAGAGGCUUUUGAGAGAUAGUAAAGGUGAUGAUGAAUUGGGUUCGAAAAUUCGGGAUGCUUUUCUCUUCCGCAAGUCAUUUGAGAAAUGUGACGAAGACUCUGAAAAGGAUAAUUUCUUUAAAAGGAUCUUAAGGGACAGUAGAGGGGAUGAUGAAGAGUCUGAAAAGGAUGGUUUCUUUAAAAGGCUCUUAAGGGACAGUAAAGGUGGUGAAGAAGAGGAUUUGGCCUCAAGUUCAGAGGGAUUUUUUAAGAGAUUGUUUCGUGAUAGCAAGAAUGAUUCUGAGGAUAAAACACACACUCGAACAAUGGAAGAUGAAGAAAAGGAGGGAUUUUUUCGAAAGCUUUUCCGUGAGAAAUUUGAAGAUAAGAAGGAUGACAGUGAUGGAAAUAUUGGCAAUUCUGAAGAGAAAUGCGCAAAGCCUGCUGAAGAGGAUGAAAAAGAAGGGUUUUUUCAUAAAUUAUUUAAGGAUAAAUUUGAGGACAAGAGAGAUAUCAAUGAUAAAAUUGAAGAUGGUACUAGCAAAGUUGAGGAAGAAGAGCCUUCUGAGUUUUCUUUGUUGAAAAGACUUUUUCGUGUUCACCCUGAAGACGGUAAAGGUGGUUCCGCCAAUGAAAACAACAACAGUGGCUUAUUUGAAAGUAGUCCAGGCACAGAAAAUUUCUUCCGCAAAUUGUUUAGAGAUCGUGAUCGUUCAAUUGAAGAUUCAGAGCUAUUGGGGUCAAAAAAGGAGAAAGAGAAGUGUCCUGGAUCACCAAAGCAGCGAAAUGAAAAAUCAGGAACAAAGCCCCCACUUCCAAUUAAUUUGUCACAGUUUCGUAAAGGAGCUUACCAUGGUUCAUUGGAUUUUGUGCUGUCAUUGUGUGAGACAUCAUUUGGGUUAGUUGAUGUAUUUCCAAUUGAAGAUCGCAAACGCGCUCUGCAUGAGUCACUUGCGGAAAUCAAUUUGCAUUUAACAGAGGCUCAUAAUACCGGAGGCGUUUGUUUUCCAUUGGGAAAGGGUAUGUACCGUGUAAUUCAUAUUCCUGAAGAUGAAGCUGUUCUCUUGAAUUCUAGGGAGAAGGCGCCGUAUCUGAUUUGUGUUGAAGUUUUGAGAUGUGAAGUGCCCAGCUUUUCCAAGGAGGCAUCUAGUUCUCAGAAACUUUCUAAAGGUGGAAUCCCUUUGGCAAAUGGAGAUGCUCUCUUGCAAAAGCCACCCCCUUGGGCCUAUCCAUUAUGGACAGCACAAGAGGCGUAUCGUAAUAGCAAUGAAAGAAUGUCCAGAUCAACUGCCCAGGCUAUUGACCAGGCAAUGACCCAUGUAUCUGAGGCAAAAAUCAGAAUUGUUAGAGUGAAUCUUUCUGUGGAAAGACAAUCACAUGAGCAGCUGGAGAAGACUAAUGUGGAUCCACAUGAUGUUAGUUGGUGUUCUGCUUCAGCUUAUAGAGAGGGUAUACAAGAAAUGGCUAGACCAGGGCAUGACAAUGAUGUAGAGUGUGUAAGGGUAGUGUUGAAAGCUGAUCCUGGGGUAAGAAUGGAAGAUAUUGAGGAUCCAGCUCCACGACGGAGGAAGGAGCAUCGCCGUGUUCCAAGCACGGUAGCAUUAGAGGAAGUAAAGGCUGCGGCAGCAAAAGGGGAAGCACCUCUUGGACUCCCUUUGAAAGGUGCUGGUCAAGAUUCAUCAGACGCGCAACCAAGGGCAAACGGAAUUACUCCUAAAGCCAGUGAUGCCUUGUCUGGUGAACUUUGGGAAGUAAAGAAAGAGAGGAUAAAGAAGGCCUCUAUACAUGGGAACUUACCUGGUUGGGACUUGAGAUCUGUUAUUGUAAAGAGUGGGGACGAUUGUAGGCAGGAGCAUCUGGCAGUUCAACUCAUUUCACAUUUCUAUGAUAUUUUCCAAGAAGCUGGUCUUCCUCUCUGGCUGCGCCCGUAUGAAGUGUUAUGCACUUCUUCUUACACCGCUCUUAUUGAAACAAUUCCAGAUACAGCUUCUCUCCAUUCUAUCAAGAGUAGAUAUCCCAACAUUUCAAGUUUACGUGAAUUCUUUAUUGCCAAGUAUCAAGAAGAUUCUCCAAGUUUUAAACUUGCUCAGAGGAACUUUGUUGAAAGCAUGGCUGGAUAUUCCUUGGUUUGCUACCUUCUGCAGGUGAAGGAUAGGCAUAAUGGGAACCUCUUAUUGGAUGAAGAAGGCCAUAUCAUACAUAUUGAUUUUGGCUUCAUGCUUUCCAAUUCACCUGGUGGCGUUAAUUUUGAGAGUGCACCUUUCAAAUUAACUCGGGAGCUUCUUGAGGUUAUGGACUCUGAUGCUGAGGGGCUUCCAAGCGAGUUCUUUGAUUAUUUCAAGGUUUUAUGCAUUCAAGGUUUCCUUACUUGCCGGAAGCAUGCUGAGCGCAUUAUUCUUCUUGUUGAAAUGUUGCAGGAAUCUGGUUUCCCCUGCUUUAAAGGUGGUCCAAGGACAAUACAGAACCUAAGAAAGCGUUUCCAUCUCAGUUUAACUGAAGAGCAAUGUGUAUCUUUGGUGCUUUCACUUAUUAGCAGCAGCCUGGAUGCAUGGCGAACACGACAAUAUGAUUAUUACCAGAAGGUUUUGAAUGGAAUACUGUAAGAUAGCUUGUCAGUGGUGGUCAUUUGUUUUCCCCCUUUUGACUAAGCUUGCACCGUGAAUGCUCAUCAAUCAGUAUUGCAUUUAUAAAGUCAUUGGAGGGUGGUUGGUUCACUGUGGUAUGACUUGAAGAGUUUUUUUAAGAUGUAAUAAUUAAUUAAUAGGUGGAUGGAUGUAUCCUUUUUUUUGUGAUGGCAAUGGGAGUAAUUCUCUUGCAAGUAAAGCUCUGCUAUUUGGAGAAGUUGCAUUGGCCUCGUAAAUGCCACUUCAAGGUUAAUCAAAUUGUACAGUGAUUUUAGCGGGGAGUACAAAUAAGAUUUUAUUGGAUGUGGAUAUGAGUACCGUGAUAACUGUUUGAUUCAUGGAAGCCCUUGGGGAUGUGUUGAAUUCUGGAGCAAAUACUGAUCUGGUACGUUUUGGAUAUCCAUUAUCAAGGGCAGACAUCUACUUUGGCGAACUGCUCUGGUAUGUAUUCAGAGUCCCAGCUGAUUUAUGGCCUCUCUCUUUCCAAAUUUGAUUCUUCAAUACUUAGACUGCAAAAAUUUUGUCAAAAUUCUUCAAUGAUGUUUGAUUGUAUAAUGUGUAAUUGACUCUCCUUACUUUUCAUGGUGAAAUUUUUUCACCUUCAUAUAUCAAUCAUAAAAGUUUUGGUGAUAU